AUGGAGCCACUCACUAAUCCCGACCCGGAUCGGUAUUCCAAGGUGCUGGGACUAAAUUUCAAAGGUGCAAAUACAUCUGGUAAGAUAUGGGUAUUCGCCGAGGAGGGUGCCAACUUCAUCGUUGAGGAGGAUUCGGACCAAGUCCUACACGGAAGGCUUACUUCGUACCGCAUGGCGAAUCAUACCUCCAUUUCGGCCAUCUACGCUAAAUGUAGUAGGUUGGAGCGACACCCUCUGUGGGAUAAAAUGAGGGAGAUAUCAUUCAGGACGGAAGGAACCCCGUGGCUGAUUGGAGGGGAUUUUAAUACGAUCCUUGCACACGAAGACAGGGUUGGAAGUGAAACCAACCGGCAAGCAGAGAUGAUUGAUUUUGCCGAAGCAAUUGAAGAUUGCCGGCUUCUGGACCCGGGAUUCGAUGGUGCGGAAUUCACUUGGGCUAAAAAUGGCUUGUUUGAGAGGUUGGACAGGCUGCUUGUUAAUGAGGCAUGGUCUAAUGCGUUUGAGGCAACAAGGGUAACUAAUCUCCCAAGGGUUUCCUCGGAUCAUGGCCCGAUUCUUGCAAGGUGUAAGAUGCCGAGGCCCCCCUCCGGGGGCAGCGCCUUUCGCUUCCAGAACAUGUGGGUCCGGCAUGGAGGCUUCCUGCAGCUUGUGCAAAAUAUUUGGGCUCAACCAACAGAGGCGAGUGGGCUAUUGAACCUCCAAACUAAGCUUGCUAGGAGCAAAAAGGCCCUCAAGGCGUGGAACAAGGAGGUUUUUGGCAACAUUCACGCCAAUCUCAAAGGAAUGGAGGAAGGAAUCGCGCAGGCUCAAGCCGACUUUGAGGCUGAUCCAACGCCACACAAUAGAUCCGAGAUCAACAAAAGCAUUGCCGACUGGGUGAAGCAGAAGAGAGUUAGACUCCGAAUUCACUCUAUCAAUGUGAAUGGCCGGGAGAUUGCAGAUGAAACUGAGAUACGGCACUCGGUGGUCGAAUUCUUUCGGAGCCUUCUCGCCCCGGACACCCUGGACCUUGGGGACCCGGACCUUGAUCUUAUCCAACAACUCCCCCCCUCAACGGAUCUUGAGGAGCUACACUACCCACCGAACUCCGAGGAGGUGAAGAAAGCGGUUUUUGACAUCUCCGGGGACAGUGCUCCAGGCCCGGAUGGCUUCUCGGCUGUUAUCUCCCCGAACCAGAGUGGAUUCGUGAAGGGGCGGCUCCUACAUGACAACGCCCUCCUCGCCCAAGAGAUGUUCCACGAAUUAGCAAGGUGCUCCCCUGCACCGAAUGUGGCCAUUAAGAUCGACAUGGCCAAGGCGUAUGAUAGAGUGCAAUGGAGCUUCUUGAUCAAGGUGCUUCGGCGCAUGGGCUUCUCGGAUGGGUGGAUCGCCCUGAUUGAAAGGUGCAUUGGCUCCUGUUGGUUCUCGGUCCUUAUUAACGGUGUCCCAGCUGAAUUCUUCAAAUCUACUCGGGGGCUCAGACAAGGAGACCCCAUAUCCCCGGCGCUGUUUGUGAUUGCCGCAGAGUAUCUCUCCAGGGCCCUCGAUAAGCUCAUCCUUGGAAAAAAAGAGAUGACCUUCAAAGCGGCCAGGAGGUGCAUGGAAAUCAGCCACUUAGCAUAUGCCGAUGACAUUAUAAUCUUCACUCAAGCAGCUGCAACCCCAUUGCGUCGGCUUAGAGAGUGCCUUGACGGAUAUGAGGGAGUCUCCGGGCAGCAGAUCAAUCUUGCAAAAAGCAAUUUCUAUAUUGCUGAAGCGCACGAGCAAUGGGCACAUGAAAUCCAAAACGAAGGAGGCUUUGCUCGGGGGUCCUUCCCAUUCCUCUAUUUGGGGGUCCCUAUAUACCGUGGAGCCAAGAAAACCGAAAUGUUCAUGUUUGUCCGAGAGAAGAUCGCUAGAAGGAUUUCCGGAUGGGCACAUCGUCAUCUAUCUUUUGGAGGAAGGCUAACUCUCAUUAAGAGCACUCUUGAGGCAGUUCCUAUCCACAUCUUCCAAGCCAUUGAGCCCACGGCCGGAACCCUUAAGCUACUUGAUCAGCAAUUGGCUCGCUUCUUUUGGGGCUCGACGACUGAGAAAAAACGGACACAUUGGAUCAGCUGGGACCAAAUGUGCCUCCCCACCAAGGAGGGAGGGCUCGGGAUCCGAAAGUUCACAGAAGUUCUAAGAGCAUUCAACAUUAAACUCUGGUGGCGGUUCAGACAAUAG